UCGGAGUAGGACCAGCACAUUUGUCUUUUACACCUGCAAUACCAAAAAAAAAGACUGGUUAAUUUACCAUUUGAGCACUUGCACAGGUCACAUCAUCAUAGUAACAGGUCUCAGUCGACCUAUAUUAUUUCAUGAUGAAAUAGUGCUCUAACCUUGGUGCUGAAAAGAAAGGUUCUGUGUUCGUUUUCCACGACUCAUAUACCAUAUCGAUAACAGAACUACGAUCCAAAACAACCAUAAAGGCGGAAUAAAAAGGGCUUCAAGAUCGCCAUUUCCAGUAAGAAAAAUAAAGCAGCAACAUUAAUACAUCAUUAUGGACUCAGAGUAUCCUGGCUUUGAAAUUCCGCUGUACACCGAGCUGAAGUACUUCUGUAAAAAGGCGCACGAAGCCUAUAAACAAUUAAAGGAGGACCUAACACCGGACAGAGAUGAUCGAUAUUACAGGCUGGCGCCCAUGCGGCUGUACACUCUCUCCAAGCGGCACUUUGUCCUUGUUUUCGUCGUUUUCUUCAUCUGCUUUGGGAUAACAGUUUUCAUUGGUAUAGCAGGUCCUAAAAUCAUUGACGAGUCAACAUUUAGUGGGUCCAAGCUGAUGAUAUCGAACAACACUUCAAAGACUGGUCCAUUCCAGCUGAAGUCACCACCAUUGUCUACAUAUAAUCAGCAGCUAUGGCUGACUUGUCUAAUACAGCUGAUUCAGGUUGAUGGUAUGGAUUUUCAUAAAGAGUUUGAUAUGAGCAUUGAGAUAAAAGGUAUCAUGCAGGAUGCUAGUGUGAUGCACAUCCAUGACAAUGUUUAUAAUCGUAGCAGGUUACUUCACUGUGGUGCUAUUUGUGAGGAAAUCAUUGUGGUACACCUUGGGUAUCUAAAUUAUACACAGUAUCAGAUAAACGUUUACUUUGAGAAACUCCAGACAAUGAAAUACGAAAUUAAGGAGGUACAUUUCACGUGGAAGACGUACAAUCCCUCAUUUUCUCAAGUUGAAAUUUGGUUUCGAUUUGUUUUCGUGGUCUUCACAUUUAUGGUCACAUGCCUGUUUGCUCACUCCCUCCGGAAGUUCUCCAUGAGAGACUGGGGAAUCGAACAGAAAUGGAUGUCUGUCCUGUUACCACUGCUGUUGCUUUAUAACGAUCCAUUCUUUCCCCUCUCAUUCCUGAUGAACAGCUGGUUUCCAGGGAUGCUGGAUGAUCUCUUCCAGGCUGUAUUCCUGUGUGCACUGUUGCUGUUCUGGCUCUGUGUCUACCAUGGAUUUCGGGUUCAGGGAGAACGGAAGUGUUUAACAUUCUAUUUGCCCAAGCUUUUUAUUGUUGGCCUUCUUUGGUUAUCUGCUGUAACACUAGGGAUAUGGCAAACAGUGAAUGAGCUGCACGACCCAACCUACCAAUUCAAAGUAGACACUGGCAAUUUCCAGGGAAUGAAGGUUUUCUUUCUGAUUGUGGUCUCCUUGUAUAUUUUAUAUCUGAUCUUCUUGAUUGUAAGAGCCUGCUCCGAGUUGAAAAAUAUGCCAUACAUCGAUCUUCGAUUAAAGUUUUUGACUGCAUUGACAUUUGUCGUGCUGGUUAUCAGCAUUGCUAUACUCUACCUGAGGUUCGGAGCAAAAGUUUUGCAAGAUAACUUUGUAUCUGAGCUGUCAACCAACUAUCAAAACUCAGCCGAAUUUUUAUCCUUCUAUGGUUUAUUGAACUUUUACCUCUACACGUUGGCCUUUGUGUACUCUCCUUCGAAAAAUGGUCUAUAUAAUUCCCAGUUGAAGGACAAUCCAGCCUUUUCUAUGUUGAAUGACUCGGACGACGAGGUUAUUUAUGGUAGUGACUAUGAAGAAAUGCCCCUACAAAAUGGACGUGCAAUAAAAGCUAGUACCAAGUACGAAGAUGAGACAGACAGCGACUGAGCUUCUCAUCAUUUCAUUGAAAAUGUUUGUGUAGCUAUUAAGCUUUGGUAGCAAACUAAAACCACAAGUAUAAAUAUUACAUGUACUACUGAAUUGCAUUUUAUUUAAAUGUAUGUAGGAUGACGAUAUUUUUUCAAAUUAGUAUUUAGAAAUCAAUUGCCACUUAACAUGAUUGAAAGGAAGAGUUAGAGUUAGAAUUACACUGCUUCUCUUGGAGAUGGGUGAUUGAUUUUGCUACCAAACAUUAACUUCAGUUACAACAUGAUACAAGGAGUGGUAGUUAAGAUUUGAGCUACUGAAAAAAAUGAAUGAACUUUUUUGUAUAAUAAGAAACCCCUUUAAUUUGAGGUACAUUUUUUAUCAUAAUUUAUAAAAAUGCCUAGAACUGAAAACAUUACAUAUUUACUUUAAAAUCAAAGAAAUAGAUGUCUUAUUAGUUGGCUAUAUACACUCUUCGCCUGGCCUUCGGCCUUAGAGCCCUGCAUUUUUACUCGGAACUUAACGGAAAGGAACGGAAGUGUUUUACGAAAGAAUUGCCCAUGUAUAGUUGAUGUAAAUCUUUACACACCUGUUUACAUCAUUGUUUGUAGCAUUUUUUAUAGCUUUAAAUUGCACUUUUUGAUAUAUUCAUGUUUGAUUCCUUGAUGUCUCUUACGAUAUUCUUUAUAUUUCUAAGGUAACCAGUGAAGUUCAGUGUUGUUUCCCAAUUGAUAAUUCUUUUUUUUCUUUUAAAAUACAAUUUCUGUUUUUAGUUAGCACAUGCUGAUUUAUCAACUUUACAUUCCAUGUUUAAUGCUGAAGUUGCUGACUUUUGUAUUAAUGUGUAUUUUCUGUAUUGCAUGAUGAUACUUAAACAUCAGAUUACUGUACAGUUCAAAAAUGGUAUCAUGAAAAAGCAGUUCUUAUGUUGGUAAGGUGAGGUUGAAUAGUUUUUUUUUUUUCUCUCUUUGGAAUUGGAUUUUAUUGGAUUUUAUUUCAGACAUUGCCCAUGUAUUUAUUGUCACCGUUCUCUGAAUUCAGCCUUUGUCCGUAGUACAUACAACAUUUCAAAGAAUUAAAGCAUUUAUUGUAUUACAUUAUAGUAAAAUCGCACAGUAGUGGAUGGUUGAGGUAGAAGUUUGUUGAUUAAACAUAGGGCUGCAUUUAUCUCUUGGAUUUCAAAAAGUAGGCAAUUGGCAGCAUUCAUUUUCUAGGGAUUUCACACACUGGAAGGGCUGCUAAACUGUAUCAAGGCAGGAAAUCAUAACUUACCAUAUGUGAACUUAUUGAAGUUAAGUUUUUGUUGCUGGAGGGGGUGGGGGGGGGAGUUUAGUGGUUUAUCCUGUUGAAAUGACAAUUCUUAUGUCCUCAUCUAGUACAUUUUGUGCUGCACCUUCUUAAACACAACUGGGCCCCUUACAUUUAUCCAGUUAGAACAGAUUAAAAGCGUGCUAUAAAAACAUCACAUACUAAAACCUCAAAUAUUCAUUGGUUAAGGGUAAUAUGCUUUGAUUUGAACCACUUAACUACAACUAAACAGCAUGGCUUGUACUCCAAUAAACAUCUGCCAAAGACUUUCAACUAUUUUCAAAAAUACUUCCAUUAGACACCCCCUGAUGGGUAACUGUGACAGACCAAACUGAAUAUAUGUUAGAAAACCCUUACAUAUUUGUGCUAACGUUCUUUAAGUAAACGGUCAACACAGAGAUUGGUCAUUUUUGAAAGUUUUAAAAUACAGCAAUACAUUAGAGAAAGCUUUCCUCCAAUUCAAAAUGUUAAAUGCCAAAUAGCAACUGCCUUGAUUAUCUUUUUGGUGGUUUGAUAUUAUUAUUAUUAGUGUUACUAUUAGUAGUCGUAAUAGGGCCAGUUUUAAGCUGGGUAGGAUCUAGAAACAACAUUUUCUGGAUUCUUUUAGUUGGUUGCCAGUACUAUAUGUACUUUUCGUAAGGUCCAUAGUACGGGGAAUUGAACCCUACAUUUACUGUAUUAGUUUUUAUUAUUAAUCAUUGUAAUCAAAUAGAAGAAACAGCAGCAAAGCACAAUAUUGUGCCUUGUAUAUGGUACAUUUCAUCAUGACAUGAAACCAUAUAUAAUCAUCAGAUUUAUACCUUUUUUUAUUUGUAAUAUCACGUGGGUGCCAAUUACCUAUUGUACAGUUCUGAAUGGCAAACCACAGGUCAUGAUGUAGGUAAUUAUUGUGUUGUAUAUUGUAUGUCUGUAUGAAAUUAAUCUGUAACUCAUAUAGGAAACUGAUGUGUAUGAUAAAAUGAAUGUAGAGUUAAUAUCAAGCUGUACAAACAGUGCUAGUUAACUCACUAUGUACAUAUGGAGGAACACUGCUUUUAAAUCGAUGGAGAAGCAGGUAUAAAAUGUUAAUAAAUCACAAAGAUACUCUCUCCCUCAUUAAGAAAAACAAGUUUUAAAUGUGCAGGCACCAUUAUAAAAAGGUAGUCUACCAAUAUAAAAAGGUACUCUGAAGUCUAGUUGCUCUUAAGGCAGGGACUCUUCAAAGCAAGAUUGUACCGUUAACUAUUAACCAGAACGACAUUUUAUUAAGCAGGAGAGAGGAUUCAUUUUUGAUUCUCUUACAAGUUAUGGAAAGGAUAACUGUAAAUAAAUCACUGUGGUGUUCAGGAAGUAUGUUCAAUAAAAAAUGUUUUAAAUGUA